GGUGACGUCACGGGCGGAGGAUGCGGGUGCCCCAUUGGCUCGGGCUCCGCCGCCGUGAGCUGGGCUCUUAAAGGGCGACUCGAGGGGAGGCCGGGCGGGCCCAUGGCCAGCACCAGCAGCCACCUCUAUGAUGCUGUUCCAAUCCAGUCGAGUGUGGUUAUAUGUUCCUGCCCAUCCCCAUCAAUGGUGAGGAACCAGACAGAUUCCAGCACUCCAUCUGUCAUUACCACCUGUGGCAGCAGAAAGGGGUCUAACAUGGAGGGAACUGCAGCUGAAUCAAGGUCUAGUUCAAACUCCCUACAGCAACAUUCAGGACAACAGCCUCCACAGCCUCGAAAAAAACGACGUGAGAAUUUCAAAUUUGGGAAAAUUCUGGGUGAAGGAUCUUUCUCAACAACUAUCAUAUGGAACUGUGGCAAAAUCCCUACUAAAAUCAAGGUUGUCUUGGCCCGAGAAUUGGCAACUUCCAGAGAAUAUGCCAUUAAAAUUCUAGAAAAACGUCAUAUCAUAAAAGAAAAUAAGGUCCCCUAUGUGACCAGAGAGAGAGAUGUAAUGUCCCGUCUGGAUCACCCUUUCUUUGUGAAACUCUACUUCACAUUUCAGGAUGAUGAAAAGCUGUAUUUUGGACUUAGCUAUGCCAAAAAUGGAGAGCUUCUAAAAUACAUUCGCAAAAUUGGCUCAUUUGAUGAGACCUGUACCAGGUUUUAUACUGCUGAAAUUGUAUCAGCAUUAGAGUACUUGCAUGGAAAGGGAAUAAUUCACAGGGACCUUAAGCCAGAGAACAUUUUGCUAAAUGAAGAGAUGCACAUUCAAAUAACAGACUUUGGAACAGCAAAAGUAUUAUCUGCAGAUAGUAGACAAGCACGGGCAAACUCAUUUGUAGGGACAGCGCAAUACGUUUCUCCGGAAUUAUUGACAGAAAAAUCUGCUUGUAAAAGUUCUGACCUCUGGGCUCUUGGAUGUAUAAUAUACCAGCUUGUAGCCGGAUUGCCACCAUUUAGAGCUGGCAAUGAAUAUCUUAUAUUUCAGAAGAUAAUUAAGUUGGAAUAUGACUUCCCAGAAAAAUUCUUCCCCAAGGCAAAAGACCUUGUGGAAAAACUUUUGGUUCUGGAUGCUACAAAGAGAUUAGGCUGUGAAGAAAUGGGAGGGUAUGGACCUCUUAAGGCUCAUCCAUUCUUUGAAUCCAUUACAUGGGAGAAUCUGCAUCAUCAGACACCCCCAAAGCUCACAGCAUAUUUACCCGCUAUGUCUGAAGAUGAUGAGGAUUGUUAUGGAAAUUACGACAAUCUCCUGAGUCAAUUUGGUUGCAUGCAAGUUUCUGGUUCGGCAUCCUCCCCUUCACUAUCUGCCCCAGAGACAAGUCACCCACAAACAUCAGGGAACAUAGAACAGUACAUUCACGAUCUUGACAAUAACUCCUUUGAGUUGGACUUGCAGUUUUCUGAAGAUGAGAAGAGACUACUACUGGCAAAACAGGCUGGUGGAAAUCCAUGGCACCAGUUUGUAGAAAACAACUUAAUACUAAAAAUGGGUCCAGUAGAUAAAAGAAAGGGAUUGUUUGCUCGUCGGCGCCAAUUAUUGCUCACUGAAGGGCCCCAUCUCUAUUAUGUGGAUCCUGUCAACAAAGUUCUGAAAGGAGAAAUUCCAUGGUCACUAGAGCUGCGACCAGAAGCCAAGAAUUUUAAGACCUUUUUUGUUCAUACACCUAACAGGACAUAUUACCUGAUGGACCCAAGUGGGAAUGCUCAUAAAUGGUGCAAAAAGAUACAUGAAGUUUGGCGGCACAGAUACCAUCAGAAUGCUGCUAAAUAGUAAAGCUCAUCCAAAAUGUCCCAGUCUCCCUACUUGCUGCUAGAACUCCAUGUGCAGCCGAUCAGAGGAAUCUUCCCAACCCAUCUAUUAUCCAUCUCAAGGGGAAGCAUAUGUCUGAAAUAUUUCGUUUUUUUUAAAAACGACAAACACAAAUGGAAUUCAGGGUCGCUUUGCUUGCUCUUUGUGCUUCUGUUAAGGCUUCCACAUGCAUAUCGUUGAAGUGAGGAUCUUGCUUUUGUGCACUUCAGCUCUAUUUCUGCUGCAAACUAAUGGAUAGACUUUGCAUUACCAGCUUCAUUUAAGAUCAGUUAAAACCGAUCUACACGCAUACACCCCAGAUCAUGUACCGGUCCUACACUUUAUGGGGCUGGGAUUAUUUCUGUGACUUUCAGAUGAUCAUUAAACUGUAUUUCAUCAGGGAGCUUUUAAAUGCUUCUGCUGAGGUGUAACCAGCACCUCCUCUCUACUUUCCUUCUCCCCUUCCCCCCCCCCUUUUUUUCUUUUUUUUCUUUUCUAACUGGUAUCUGGCAUUUGCAGUCAGGUCAGUUGCAUCCUUGCAUAACUCCUAAUAUAGUUCUGGUUGCAGGAUUUCCGUGGUACUUAUUAUAAUUAUGUGAGUAAAUCAGAUGUAUGUGUCUGGCAGUCAGACACCGAUGAUACAGGUUGUAAGAAAGUAAAAUGCUGAACGUGGCACUGAAAUUUCUAAAAUUGAAAUUUUGGCUUUUGAAGUUCAUAAAGUUUUAAACAAGGAAUUUUAAUUUGAUGCAUUUACAAGUUUAAUCAAGGAACAAUAAACUUACCAGCAUGCUUUUAAUUAAUACUAACUAAAUUAAAUUAACCAGUUAGUAUAAAAUGUUACUAUUGAGGUAGUAAUUAGACUCUUCAGCUUUUCAGGAGAUGAGGGCAAGUAGCUUUCUUUCCAGGGUAUGCAUGUAUUGUGCAUUUUAGUGGGGCCAACCUAUUUACUUGGGUAGAGAAGGAAGAGUGAAAACUUUGAUGUACAAUUGAUGACUUGAUUUGUCUCUUUGUAUAAUGAGAUGUACAAAUAUUCUUGUCCUGGUCAUUGGCCAAACAACUUGCAGACCUUUUAGCAAUUCUGAAAAUAUUUUAAACGAUUUAAAUACAAUAAGCUUAUACACUAAUCUGAAUAGUUGGAAGUUCAAAUGAAAAUGUUGAAUCAAAGGAGAAAAUGUAUGGUACUCUAGUCAUAUCUAUAAAUGUUUGUUUCAUAUCGGUCUGCUUCAUCCUUUUUCAAAUUAAAUUGUUGUGGUCAAACAUUUCCUGUGACACAGCAAAGACUUUGCUUUGUACAUGUUAAAAGUAACUUCUCUAAUAGUGUUUUCCAUAUAUCUGUGCUUCUGGGUAACCAGAUCCCCUGGAAAGAGCAUGCCCAUGACUGGACAAAGACAUUCCUCCCUCAUGUCUAAAGCAGUAUAAAUACCACAUCUAUUCACUCAUCCAUUUUCAGAAAUCUCUCAUUUUUGCUCCUUUGCCACUUCAAUUGUUUUUGUACAAAGUACUUCUCUCCCCCCCACCCCCAGUCCCUCUCAAAGGAAGAUCACCCUGCCGUUGUGUCAAGCCCAUUGGUGGAUUCCAUUUUUGUGGUUAGUCUGAAUGUCCUAGAAGUAACCAAGCAAUGCUAAAUUUUCCAUAUGCACCUAAAGAGGCCUGUUAUGUAACAGUUCAAUAUGUCAGUAUUUUCAGAUCCUUAAAGGGAGAGUCUGAUUAAGUUGCUACUUUCCUCCUAAUUGUUUUUGAAGAAGUACCAGUGUGCAGUUAGAUCCUGUAGUAAAGAAUCCACACCAAUACUCUACAACAAAUUCACUAACAUGCAUGGUCAUAUUUCUGGGGGGAGGAUGAGGGGGUACAGUGCCUCACAGGCUCCUGGCAUAAAGGGAAAAGUAGAGGAUAUUCCUCCUGUUAAAAUCAGAUGCUAGUCUGAAAGCAUGAUCCUAUUCUUUCUCUAAACACAUUUUCUGUAACAUCAAAUAGUUUAGCAACCCCUCUCUUGUCAUUCAGAAAUAUCUUUUCCUCUUUCUGCCCACUGCUUUUUUUUUAAAAACUGUCCCUAUAACAUCUGAUCCUGCGCACACACUACUUUCACCCAAAGAAGGUCUCUUGUGAAAGAAAGCAAGAAUGAUUGCAGUCAUUGCUGUGUAGAUAGUAAAUGUGAGAGCCUGCAAAGUUGGGUGUUUGCAUUGUGGGGUACUUUGCUCUUUUAAAAAUUACAGUAUUGCAGUUAGAAACUUCUCCAGGCGGACUCCUGCACUAAGCUCCGUCUCCUCUGCAUAUUCAUGUUCCUCGUUAUUAAGCCAUGCUCGGCAGGUAGGGUUAUGGCCCAUGAAAAAAGUUGAGUAGUUUUAGCUAUUAUUCUCUAUCUAGAACAAGUUACAAUAUUGAGUACUACCUUCUAUAGUAGGCAAAACCUCACAAAUAACAAAAUCGCUUUCCAAAAAAUGUUGUUUUCAUUCUACUUUUUUCUCAGAUUAUUUGGACUCAGUCCAAAAUGUAAUUCACAAACCUUCACUGAGGAAUGGACUCUUUUUGCAGUGGAAGGGGGCAAAAGCUGAGCCAGAGGCUUGCCGUCCUUAAUCUCUGCUUUAUUGGAGGAGAACAAGUCAAGUGAAACUACUUCAUCCCCAUGUUUCCCCUCCAGUGAAGAGGAGAAUAGGCUAGAAAAGGCUGCUCCUUGCUAUUGCACUUGGAGGAGGGGACCAAAACUAUUCUGGGAGAGGCUUCCCCCAGUCACUUUCCUGUGACUAGGGGUAUGCUAGUGGAAGAUUUAUACUAUGGGAGGAUAAGGCAAAGGCUCUCAUGUGGAAUGGGUAAAGUCCACGUGCAUGCUGCUUACGGACAUAUCAGGAAGUGCUAUGUACUAUGGUGGAGUGGUUCCUGCAUUGGAUAGGUAUAUCUCAGUGUAGGGAUGUCCUCGUGGACAAAAUAGUUGAAUGCCUUGUGUAGGAGCACACUCAGCCAUUCAUGAGAAUGCAUGGAGAAGAGUGCAUAGAGAAAUGCUAAACGGCCUGCUCUAGGGCUGAGAGCAGGCCAUUUAGAAGUCUCCAUACUGUAAUCAUAUGAUCUCCAGAGGGGAGAGUGUAGCUGGCCACUAGCAGCCUCAUUGUUCUUGAAGAUAUUUGGGGCAAGGAGUGUAGAGCCUACUGAUUCAUUCACUCUCCUUUCCCAGCUACAAUUACCAAGUUUUCCAGAAAGAUUGUGAGUCAGUGUGGCUGUGAUUCAGAUUAGGAGACAUUUCGUUUGAGGUCAGACUCCCAGAAGGGUACUCAACUCUGGUGAUGGGCCUGCUUUCCAUUGAAUGGAAUCUGGUUGAAGAAAAGGCAGUGGGAUUGGUGCUAGAAAGGAUACUUAACCCACCUUCCUUUUUCCCGUGGGACAUUGACCCAGUCUUGUCUGCUGUAUAGCUUUAAAAAUAUCAGGGCAUGUUCAAGAUUUCUUGGCUAGGCUGAGAGUUUGAGGCAAAUGGUGAUAAAGCAAUGCCGUAAGCCCUCUUCUGAGCAGGGUUUAUUUUAAGGACAGUUAAGUUAUAGCUCACAUAAGCAUUGUUUUUCUGCUUUAGAUGAUCUAUUGUAUCUAUCAUGAGCAGUGUACCACAACAGUCUUAAGAGGUGCUGUACUAACAAAGUUGGAGUCUCUAAAGCAUGUUGAGAACUAUGCAGCAUUGCUAUUGUCCCAUAAUGCUGUUGAACUGUGUAGCAAUUCUGCUAGAUACAGCUCCCAAAAACUUCCUGAGGGGUGGGUAAAAGUAUUAUAUCCAUGCUUCAGCUUUUGUGAUGUGAUAUAUGAGGGAUGGUAAUGUUGGACACUGACGCCUUCUGUAUUGGGCACUUUCAAAGGAUCCUGUGGACUUAGCCCGCACAAACUGAAGAGAAAUAUUUCUCCUAUUCAUUUUUGUUGACUUUAGAAAUCCAAGUUUAAUUAUCAGUGAUAAAAAUCCCCAAUUUUAAAAUAAUAUAGACAAUAGAUGUAUGUAUGUCUCCUGCAACCUAAAAGACAAACACUGAAAGUGUGUGUGUGUGCAGCUGUGUUUGUAUGUAUGGGUGAAGUGGGGGGAUAUUACAUGAUGCAAAUGCUAUGAAGAACUGUGGCUGGAUGGGCAAUAUUAUACUCACCCACUUCCAAAUUUUGACUCUUCAUGCUGGACCAAGGAGUCUUUUUGUGAAGGGCCAUAUACAUAUUUUGGAGAUAUAGGUCCUGUUGGCUCAAAAACAUUUGUGUCCAUAAAGAAGGCAGUAGCUUAAAUAAUGAAGUUAAGCUUUCACCCCAAAUCCUGACUGGGAGCUGAGUAUUCCAACUGGACCACAUAGCUGUAAUUCUUUCCAUCUGUGAUGAGAUUCUUUGUUAUUCCCACAGGAAACUACUCAGACUAAGACAUUCAUUAAUAAUGUCUUAGCUGGGGAAAGGAGGUAUAUGAUUUGCUAAAGCUGGGCUUUGGGGAUGCUACACAUAACUCUCUUCCUCGGGCUAGUAUUUUAAAAAGAACUGAUGUGUACACAUGGGUGUGGUAUUUAUACUACUUGAAGCAUUUGGUGAAUACUUCAACCAUUUUGUCUUUAGGCCAAUAUUUUAUUAAUUAAAUUAUGAAUCACUUCUGCAAUACCUCAUGGCCCAGAAAAUGUCUAUCCAUAGAUACUUCCUUCAGUCAGCUUGCAGGUAAGUAUUUCUCUUUGACCCAGAGCAGUGUAUUUUCAGCUAAAAUGGGAAAUUUAUAAUCAAACUGGUAAACUGCAUUUCCCUAUAAUGUGUUUGCACUGUCUUGGAAGAAACACAGCUAUAAACAGUGAACAAUUUAGAAAUGGAAAACUAUUUCUUAAACUGUUUGAAGCAUGUAAGUCCAGUCUGUUUGAGGGACAGUGAAUGGGGAUAGUUGCUGUUUGAAAUGCUUAUGUACUGAAUUUGAUUGGAUAUGGCAGUCUCCUAAAUUGCGGCAGAACUCACAACUGCUGUAUCUGUCUAACAAAAAAACCAAACAAACUAGGAACUAUAAUCAAUUUUGAUAGAUGUUAGCUGUCUUUCAGAUUGGUGGCAGUCAGUUAUAAUGUGUGUAAUAUUCUCUACCUGGUUUGUAGCUGUAACUGUGAUGUACAGGAAAAGCAAAAACUAAGAAGCAAACAAAAACAGAAGCAAAUAAUGCAGUGAUAUUAGGAUAAACAUUUUUGUAUUUUUAUUCUUAUAAAGUUAUUUGCUGGCUCGCAUUGGCCUCUAGUUCAGUCUGUGUUAUUUAAAUUCUAAUAUAUGAAUUAUUUGGAUUGAAUUCAUGUUCGGGGCCAUGGUGUUGUAUGUAUUGAUGUACAGCCUUGAAUGUGAAUAAUUAUUGUAAACUAUUUUACACCUUUCUCUGGCUUUAUUAUAUAAAUUUUCUAUUGGUCGAUGA